CUCAAGAUGAUAUUUCCUUUUCUCUCAUGAUCAUUCUAUCCAAAACAUCUUCAAUCUUCCCUCUAUGGAGUUGGGAUUCAGAGUCGGCUUUCUCUUUCUUGUUCUUGUCUUUCCAUUAUGUAUCAACAGCAGCGAUGCCCAUCAAGACUACAGUCAGUUCCUCCUCGCCAAUGGUGUUGCUCGAACUCCUCCAAUGGGUUGGAAUAGCUGGAAUCACUUUCAAUGCCAUAUAGAUGAGGGGAUUGUAAAGGCUUCUGCCGAUGCGCUUGUUUCAACUGGCUUGGCAGCCCUUGGAUACAACUAUGUAAAUAUUGAUGACUGUUGGGCGGAAGAUCAAAGAGACUGGGAGGGUAAUCUAAGGGCAAAUUCUACUUCCUUUCCUUCUGGCAUUAAGGCUCUUGCAGAUUAUGUUCAUGCAAGAGGUCUAAAACUUGGGAUAUACUCUGAUGCUGGCUAUAGAACCUGCAGUAAAAGAAUGCCUGGUUCCCUUGGGCAUGAAGAUCAAGAUGCAAGAACCUUUGCUGAAUGGGGGGUUGAUUACUUAAAGUAUGACAAUUGCUACCAUGAUGGUUCCAAACCUCAAAACAGAUAUGCUAAGAUGAGUGAGGCAUUGCUUAAUGUCAACCGACCAAUCUUGUACUCUAUAUGUGAAUGGGGAGAAGAGAAUCCAGCAACAUGGGCUGGCUUGUAUGGGAAUGCCUGGAGAACCACAGGAGACAUUAAUGGUACAUGGGCAAGUCUAAUAUCAAUUGCAGAUGCAAACGAUAUAUGGGGAAGGUAUGCAGGACCUGGCAGGUGGAAUGAUCCUGACAUGCUGGAAGUUGGAAAUGGAGGGAUGAACCUUGAGGAAAACCGGUCUCAUUUUAGUAUUUGGGCUCUAAUGAAAGCUCCCUUGCUUAUUGGAUGUGAUAUUCGAUCUGCAAGCAGAGAGACUCUGAAGAUCCUUGGAAACAAAGAAGUAAUAGAUGUUAACCAGGAUUCACUGGGAGUUCAAGGGAGGAAGAUAAGAUCAAAGGCCGCCCUAGAGGUCUGGGCAGGACCUUUAUCUGGGGGAAGGGUGGUAGUAGUGUUGUGGAACAGAAGCCAGUCUAAAGCACCUAUAUCUGUAGGAUGGAGAGAAAUUGGACUCUCCCCUUCUAACCCUGUCAUUGUUAGAGAUCUCUGGAUGAACUCAACUGUUUCACAGAAUAAGCGCUACCGGCUCACAGCAAAUGUUGCUCCUCAUGCCUGCAAGAUGUAUGUCCUGACCCCAAUAAGAGGUUGAAACUAUAGCAGGUUUGAAUUCAACAAUAUCCAUGCACUAUUUUUGAAGAACAACUAUGCAAUAACUGAAACUUGGCAUGUCACGAUCCCUCCUUUUCUCUUUUAUUCUAUCUAAAGGGAUGAAAUUGAAAAUGCUCUGUCUGUAUGUGACGCUGAAGAGAACAUGAAAUGUUCACGGGCAUCCCGGCCCACCUGUUCCAACCUAAAAAGACAACUGAGGUGGUGCCAUUAUGUAGAUGUUGGGAGCCUUUUUAUCAUUGUUUAUGACUUUGUGCACCCCUUAAAUCUGGAUUGAAU